CCUCGACAAGAUGGCAGGACCAAAGUACUCGGCGACAUGUUCCGCGCCCGUCAACAUUGCCGUCAUCAAGUACUGGGGCAAGCGUGAUACGAAGCUCAUUCUCCCGACCAACGACUCGCUCUCCGUCACCCUCGACCAAGACCACCUCCGCUCAGUCACCACCGCAAGCGCAGACGAGUCGUACGGAGGCAAAGACAGACUUUGGCUCAAUGGCGUCGAAGAGGAGAUUGCAGAGCAGGGCAGGCUGCGAACCUGCAUCGAUGAGAUGAGGAAGAUGCGCAGCGACAAGGAGGCCGGCGAUGACAAGCUGCCAAAGCUCUCCUCCUGGCCUCUCCACAUCUGCUCAGAGAACAACUUCCCCACCGCAGCCGGCCUCGCCUCCUCGGCGUCAGGCUUCGCCGCCCUCAUCUAUACCCUCGCGACCCUCUUUGGUCUUCUCCCAGCAGUAGACAACUCGCAACUCUCUCGCAUCGCAAGGCAAGGCUCUGGGUCGGCUUGCCGCUCGCUGUUUGGCGGCUUCGUGGCGUGGCAAGGGGGAGAAAAGGCGGACGGGUCCGAUUCGCUAGCGGUACAGGUUGCUAGCAGGGAACAUUGGCCCGACUUGCACGCUCUGAUCUGCGUGGUGAGCGAUGCAAAGAAGGGAACGCCCAGUACUGCGGGAAUGCAGAGGACGGUGGCUACUUCGCCCCUGUUGCAGCAUCGUAUCAAGGAUGUCGUUCCCGCCCGCAUGAAGUCCAUCUCUGAUGCCAUCCAACGCCGCGACUUCGACUCCUUUGCCGCAAUCACAAUGGCCGACUCUAAUAACUUUCAUGCCACCUGCCUGGACACAACACCGCCUAUCUUUUACAUGAACGACGUCUCUCGCGCCAUCGUCCAGCUGGUCGAGGAGCUCAACCGCGCGAGCGAGGAGGCAGGGAAGGGCAAGGUGGCCGCAUACACAUACGACGCAGGACCGAACGCUGUGCUUUAUGCUCCCAAGGAGAAUGUGCAGCUGGUCCUCCAGCUCGUAAGGCACUACUUCCCUAAUGCCGACUUUGAUGAUACCUUCAACCUCCUCGGCGCAGGUUCUGGAGCCUCUCAUCGCGGCCAACAAGCCGCCGUCCCACUCCCCUCCGGCCUCCCCUCAACCUUCAACUCCUCAGUCAUCCCUGUUCACGAGGCGGGCGCGGUGAGGCGUUUGAUUCACACACAAGUCGGCGACGGCCCGCGUAAGCUGAACGACGCAGAGUGCCUGCUGAAGGAGGAUGGUGAGCCCCUUAGGUUGGCGAGGGCGAAGCGUGCCUAA